ACAUAACCUUCUAAAAGUACUGUUAUUACGAAUCUUUAAUCUUUUGUAAAUGGUAGCUUUUAAAAAUUACUAUCCAAAAAAAAUUAUUUACCGGGUCUCCUCUACUACUGAUAAUUUAUUAUAAAAAAUUUGCUAAAUGACCAAUUGUUAAGUGGCUACACUGACUACUGAGUAGAAUCUAACAUGUAUAAUAUAAGUGACUACCUUCAUUAUGUAUUUUCAAAACGUAAGCAGUAAAGUGGAAUAACCAAUAACAAAUUAUUUAUCACAGCCGGCAUAUGGAUAACAGUUCAAAUGUAUAUUGUGAAUAAAUGACAAUUAUUAUUAUAAUCCAAAUUAUGUUAUUUGUUGAUUAAACUAUAAUACUUAUUAGUGUUUUUAAUUUUUAUUAAUAAUUUCAAUACAAAUUAUUGAAUGAAUGUUUUAAGUUAGGAUUCAAGAAGUCAGUUUUUUUUAAUACAAUAUUUUUUUUUAUUAUAAAUAAAUAUUGUUUAUAGCAAUGUCUAAAUUAGAUUCUAAUGAUGAUGGUUCUACUUGGCCUUGGUAUUACAAUGAAUUAAAAAUGAUGGAUGUAUUAGUUGAACCUAAAGAUGAAUUACUUAGAUUUGAUGAGUUGAAGGUAGAACCAUUUUCUCAAUAUUAUGGAGAUGACUUAAAAUUUAAUUCAGAAAUCAAUGAUCUCAACAAUGAUUUAACAAUGCAAUGGAACAUCGAAUCUUGUUUUGGAAAUGGUAUUGAUUUGGAACAAAAUGAUUUAUCUCCUCCAUCAUCUCCUUCAUCUAGUGGAUCAACACCUAGUGGUGAUUCUCAAUCUUCAUUUGAUUCAAAUCAAGUAUCGUCAAGAAUAUUAUCACCAAAUAUAAGUUACGAGAAUAAUAUUAGAAAUGUUUGUACUACCAAUACUGUAAUAGCCCCAAAAUGUAUAAAUCAAAACGAAAAAAAUUCAAAACUGAAAAUAUUACCAGCUCCAAUUAAACCAGCAUUAAAUACUCAUAGUUCUUCUAAUACCAAUAAUUCUUUAUUAUAUAAUAAUUUUAAUGUUUCUUCAAUGCUGACUGAUCAAACAAAUCAAUCAUCAAUUACAGUUUCAAAAUCUUUUGUUCCAAGAAAAAUUAUACUUACUCCUGAUCAAUUUUCAAAAAUAACCAAAUUACAAAAACAGAAACAAGCUGAUUUACGCAUAUCAACCGUACCACUAGUAUCAAGUACAUCAUCAGAAGUAAAUACUCGAUUAUCAUUGCCAGUUGUAGAAGUUGAUCCAAUAAAAUCUAGAUGUAAUUCUUCUACCACUUUACAAUAUAAUCAAAUCAGUGCAAUAAAACGCCAUCAACGAAUGAUAAGAAAUCGAGAAGCAGCAAGUUUAUCUCGUAAAAAGAAAAAAGAAUAUUUAACAUCUUUAGAAGAAAAAAUAAGCAUACUACAUAAAGAAAAUUUAGAACUAAAAAUUGAAAAUUCAGCAUUAAAAGAAAGGCUUAAAAUUUUUGAUAAAUUAUCUUCAAUGACCGAUAGACCUUUAAUCAAAAGAGUAAAAAAGGCUACAGCUAUACUAUCUGUAGUUUUAAUGAUUUCCUUAAAUGUUGCACCUUUAGGACUUUUUAAUUCAAGGCAAAUUGAUAAUUCCAUGAUAAAAAUGAAUUUGGGUAAAAAUUUCAAAACAAAAAGUAUUGAAAACUUAAAUUUUCAAAGUAGAAAUUUGUUGUGGUCAAGUGAUUUCGAAGACAUCAAUUCAACAUUAAAUAUUACCGAGCAUCUGAUGUGCCCAACUUUCAUAAACAUUUCAGAAUCAAAAAGAAUUGAUAGUGAAUUGCGAAAAUGGAUUGAACCAAGGAAUUUGAAGCUGUUGAAUGAUAACUUAUCAAUGGUUUAUGUUGAACCAAAAAUUAUUAGUACUAAUAUUGAACAAGCUAAAAAUAAUGAAUAUGUUGCAAAGAAAGAUAAAAAAAUGGAUACAAUUCCAAAAAGAAAUUUUAAAAAAAGAAAGCAUAUUCCCUCAAGUAAUGAUUUCAUAGAAAUAUUUGGGCACUUGAAAUUAAAUAGCAAAGAAAGUUUAUUUGACUCCAUUGAAAGGCAAGAUGAUACAUUUUAUGUUGUAUCAUUUUCUGGGGAUCAUUUACUAUUACCACCCAGCCACAAUGCUUCUAAUACUACCAUUCGACCAAAAAUGUCACUUGUUUUUCCUACUUUAUCAUCAAAUGGUUCAGAUUUUGUCACUAUGAUUCAAAUUGAUUGUGCUGUAACUGAUACUAAAACAUUACAGAUACGAGAUAUUCAUUUAAGACAUAAUGAUUUUAAAAAUAACAUUUCUUCUAAUUCAAAACAACAUCAUGAUCAUAGAAACAAUAUAGCACACAAACCCUAUUUUGUACAAAAAAACUAUCGUGGUUCAAUGUUUAGUAAAAUGAAUCAAGAACUUCCAAGUUACUAAAUAUUUCUAAAUUUAAUACACUGUCUUAUCAAAUUCAAGGACCAUACAUCAAGUCUCAAAUUGCUAUGACUAUGAAAUGCAAUUUUUACUCCAUAAGUAUAAUUUUAAUUUUAUAUUGUUAAAAUGUAUCCAUACUAGUAUUGAAUUCUUUAAAAU